GGUACUGAAUAAGACCAGGUGGAAUUCCACCUUUGAUGCGUUGAAGCAACUACAUGAGCUCCUGUCAACUGUGCCACUAAAAAUGCAUGCCAUAAUGGACCGCUGCUCCUUGUCCAGGAUCACAGCUGCUGAGAUUGAAGUGGUACAGGAAUACACAGAGAUUAUGGAGCCACUAGCCCAGUCCCUAGAUAUCCUGCAACGGGAGAAAGGCAUGUUCAUGGGGUAUUUGCUACCAACGCUCUGCAAUCUGGACCGCAAGUUAGAAGGACUGGAAAACAAACCUGAGAGGUACACAUACUGUUUUCAGCUGCUGAGAGGUGUGCGCGAAGCCCUAAGAAAGUGGUUUGCAGCUAUCUGGGAGGACAAGAGGCUUCUUCUGGCAGCCUGCCUACACCCUCGCUUCAAACUAGAUUGGCUGGAAUCGUGUCAGGCCACCACCCAUACCAACAAAUACACAAUGGAAGCCUUGCUGAAAGCUGAAAUAAAGAUGGGUGUACUUAAUGAGGACAGUGAUCAGUCUUCAGAUAAAGACCAGGAAGGAGAUGACUUAGAAGAUGACUUCUUUAACUUUCUGUCCCAGGGCAAGAAGUCAGCAGUGGACACUGCUGAGGAGGAACUGGUGAGGUACCUGAGGUCUCCCAGCAGGGAAGUGUCAUCACUCCAUGGCUUUCCACGUGUGCUGCGGUGUUUUUUGCAGCACAACACAGGCAUGCCUUCAAGCGCCGCAGUAGAACGCCUGUUCAGUAAAAAGACAUUCCUUGUCUGACAUGCUCUUUGAGCAUCUUGUUCUUUUGAGACAUAACAGAAACAUAUUAUAAAAGCAUUUCAAGUGUAAAAUUUGAUUUCAAGAG